CAGUUUUCGACAUUUUACACGCAAGUCAAUCGAUAAUUUUUCUGCUCGGUCGAUAUUUUCAUUUCUUUUCGGAGUCAAGAGACAAAAAGUGAUAGAAAAGGAAUUUUUCGUUGGAAUUAGCAAAAAUAUUUAGUUUAAUUACGUGGUGACGAGGUGAUAAAAUACGUAAAUGCAUAGACUAACUAUUAAAGCGAGUUGAGGAGUGCAAGAAAGCAAGGAAACGCUGAAGGCGGAGGAGGAGGAGCGGAGCAUACUGCGCGACAUUGAAGUUCCAUAACUGCUGCAACUGGCGCUGUCGCUGCGCUGCUGUUUGUGUGUCUAGACGAGGAGGAGCGACGAGGGAGCACAAGGAAGAGGGCAAGAGUCGUUGUGGGACACGCACAGCCGCGGAGGCGACGGAAGGAGGCAGAGCAGAAGCGGACAAUUGCGAUCGAUUUCGGUAUUUCAACAUGGUCAGCACUAAUUUGGUGGUUCCAGUGGUGUUGUGGGGCCCAUCGGCGCCCACGCACUGUGUGUCCAGCGUGUUUCUGUCGGAUGAUCAAUCAACUCUCGUCACCGGCUGCUAUGAUGGCCAAAUCUGUUUGUGGCAAGUUGACCCAGCCACCAUGAAAAUGUCACCCCGUUGUCUGCUUGUUGGACAUUCGGCGCCAGUAUUGUGCCUAGUGCGUGCCUCUGUACUGCCCGAAAAUAAUUUCCUCGUGAGCUCAUCGGAGAAUGGUGAAAUGUGCACAUGGGAUCUAAUCGAUGGAAAAUGCAUGGAAUCGGUUAAACUGGCACAGGUGCACACACAUAUUCAAAGCUACCAUCCAGCAAACAGCGAAGAUGUUCGUCUAUUUUGCAUUGGCUAUUACCCCGAGAUAAUCGUAAUGGAUCCAUUCAGUUUGGAAAUCAUUUACCAGCUAAGUUCAAAAGUAAAGCCCGAUUGGAUUUCUGCACUACAUGUGCUACGACCCAUGAAACGUAAAGACGACGUUGUUUUGGCAAUUACAACUACAGGCACAGUAAAAGUUUGGACCCUAAUCGGCAAUGAAAAUAAGCAUGCUGAACCGCUCUACGAAAAUGAAUCUAAGGAAAUUCGCUGCUUGAACGCCAUUACCAUGAAUUGCUGUGCUCAAAAUCAACGCACCGUUCUAAUUGUAUGCACCAAAUACUGGCAGAUCUACGAUGCUGGUGAUUUUACAGUGCUGUGCUCAGUGAUUGCGCCUACGCGGGAACGCUGGCAAGGUGGUGAUUUUAUAAGUUCCGAUCGUGUCAUGCUUUGGACGGACGAGGGCAAGGGCUAUAUCUACAAGUUGCCCGCCAAUUGUAUACCCGACAACAAAGAGUUCCAUGCCAAAUCAGUGGUGCGCGACGCACCCUAUUUGUAUUACGUGCUACAGCAGCCUGGCGACAAGGUACUUUCAUGCCCUCCCGCCAUGAAACUGCUGCGUUAUCAGCGCGAAGAAGGCAAAAGUCCCCAGCACUAUUUGCUGCGUGGUGAUUCUGAAGGCUAUAUUUCAGUAUGGACGGUACCGGAUGUACCACUGGAUAACAUCAGCAUUUUGCAAGCAAAACAAAUGCCACCGAGGGUGCUGAAGCCCACAGUCUGUACAUCAUUGGUGGAGGCCUGGUCUAUUAUGGAUCCACCGCCAGUCGGUAUUCUCGAUCAGUUGUCACGUAUUACGGACACGCCUGUCAAGCUCACUUCAAGUAUUUACUUACCGCAACAGAGUCGGUUGGUGAUUGGUCGCGAAGAUGGUACUAUAGUUAUAGUGCCCGCAACGCAAACGGUUAUGAUGCAAUUGCUGGUAGGUAUUAAACAGAAUUUCAGUGAUUGGCCAUCCCAUCAAAUACUUUACGGCCACCGCGGCCGCGUCAAUUGUUUGCUUUGCCCAUCGCUGGUACAUCCGCGCUACGAGAAGUCGCAUUUACUGUCGGGUGGCGUAGAUUUCGCCGUUUGCUUGUGGGACUUGUACAGCGGAACAAUGUUACAUCGAUUUUGUGUACAUGCCGGUGAAAUAACACAGCUGCUGGUGCCGCCAGAGACUUGCAGUAAUCGCAUUCUGAAAUGCAUCUGCUCGGUGGCGUCUGACCACUCAGUAACUUUGUUGAGUUUACAGGAACGGAAAUGUGUGACGCUUGCAAGUCGUCAUCUUUUUCCGGUAAUAACCAUUAAAUGGCGUCCCCUCGACGAUUUUCUCAUUGUAGGCUGUUCAGAUGGCUCCGUGUACGUUUGGCAAAUGGAGACAGGUCAUCUAGAUCGUGUUUUACACGGCAUGCUGGCGGAAGAAGUUCUUUUGGCAUGCGAUGAGCAAUCCGCCGAAGAUGGUAACGGUGGACACGGCGGCGCCGCAGCGGCUACAUCGGAAAUGGGUAUGGCUAACCCGGCGGUACACUUCUUCCGCGGCAUCAAGUCACGAAACAUGAACGCCAUACGUCAUGCCACCCAACGCGGCAUACAUCAACUGCAACAGCUGCAAGGUCACAAUCAAGGCAACUUUGAUUUCUUAAUGAAACAUCGCAGCAAUCCGCUCGUGAUUCAAGGUCUACGCACUAAUCCAAAAGACGCAGAAAGUCAUAUACUAUUCUUCGACAUUGAAGGACUUAUUUUCGAACUGCAUAGUGAGGAGUAUGCGCAAAUGACACCGGCUGCAUUGGAGGUGCUCGGCGUGGUGCUGAAUAAUCCAAAGGAUAAGGCUGUACAUCUGGAUGCAUCAAAAAAAAUUAGCGAUUUCUUUGGCAAGGUGAAGAACAAGGCAGGCGACAUGGAAAAAAUAUUGAAAGAUAAAGACAAACACGGCUUAGUGCAGAAAUUCAAAGAGAAGACGGAACAAAUGGAAAAGAAAGUGCAAGCAAAAGUCGAAAGCUUUCAGAAAGUGGUGGAGACACAGGAGCAACCCGACGAUUUGCGCAGCAAAAUAGCUUCAAAAAUGGAAGUGACACACGUUAUGGAGGUUGCACAGCUGCUGCUCUCACUCUUACACUCCUGGGGCCUGGACCCACAUUUAGACAAGGUGUGUGAGUCACAAUUGGGCUUGUUGCGUCCCAUCGUGCCUGUCUCAUUCGGCGUGCUCUCCAAAGCUGGCUACAUGUCUCUGCUGCUGCCCACAUGGCAGAACAAUUACAAGAUACCGGACAAUAUACCACCCACACCCAGUAGCUCCAAAAAGCGCGACAUCGCGCCCGAAUUGCUGCGUCAAGAACAAUUAACGGCUGUAUUCACAUCACGGUUGCACUGGGAACUGAGCACGACGUUGACAUCGAAUCACAUACUGGCGCUUGUAGCUAUGUCCAACACAUUGAUGUCGAUGAGCGCUGCAUCGUUCCUUCCAGACAGCGAAAAGAGUAAGAAACUGCAGCGUCUGGCUCAACGCACCGACUCGACGUUAAGUAACGAAGAGGAGCGCGAAGAGCUAAUAGCACACCAUACAUCGCAGAUUAAACAGGGCUGGAGUUUGCUAUCCACACACCAUUGCUUCCUUUUGCCCGACAAAAUCGAGGCAUUAGAGCCACGUAAAUUCAAACGUCCGCAGGUGGAGGCAAUGGCUAAGCGCUGGCAGCAUCAUUGCAUCGAGAUACGGGAGGCUGCUCAACAGAUAUUACUUGGCGAAUUGACGCGCAUGGGCAAGAAGGGACGCAAACAGCUAGUGGACAGUUGGGCACAGUAUUUGCCUCUCUAUACGCACACCGAACCAAUCGUUCAGCCACAGGUGCUGGCGGCGGCACAAGGCAAUAGCGGAAACGGCACCAACGGUCACAGCAGUGCUGUGGACAAUCAGGACGAGGACUACGAGGAGGAGGAAGAAGAAAUCAUCCGUAAGCCGUCCAGUUUGUCUGAAUUGAAGCGCAAACAGACCACGGCAGUGAUAUUGUUGGGUGUUAUAGGUGCUGAGUUCGGGCAGGAUAUUUCGCAGGAUUCCCCACAACGCGCAAGUGCUGAUCGGCGAAAAUCAUCUGUGGCAGAAGGUUUCGGCAUAGCCAACAACUUGGCGCGAUUAACUUCUAUGGCUUUGGCACAUCUGCUUUACGCGCCUCCCUCACAGAAACUACCAAAGUAUACGCCGCUGCGACGCGCCGCAAUCGAUCUUCUAGGCCGCGGCUUCACCGUUUGGGAGCCGUACCUUGACGUCAGCAAAGUCCUCCUCGGUUUGUUAGAGAUCGCAUGCGCUGGGAAAGCAGUGCCCAAUCUAAACUACAAACUACCACUAACACCACAAGCGGAUGCAUGUCGCACGGCGCGACAUGCGCUCCGGCUCAUCGCCACAGCACGACCAGCCGCCUUCAUUACGACUAUGGCACGUGAAGUGGCACGCUACAAUACUAUGCAACAGAAUGCGCAGUCCAUCAAUCAACCGCUCACACAGUCCGUACUUUUCAAGGCCAAGGCGGAAAUUUUGCUGUGCGUUGAAAUGUUGAUUGACAAAAUGCAAGCGGAGAUCGCGAGUCUUCUUGUAGAGGUUAUGGACAUAACGCUGCACUGCGUGGACAAUAAUGAAUUGAAGUUACGCGGCCUUGCCGAGGUGUGUCCCUCGAUAUGCAAAUUCAAUCAGAUAUCGCACUGCGCGCAAAGCCGACGCAUUGCCGUUGGCGCACACAACGGCCACCUAGCCAUCUACGAGCUGCGCCAGAACAAGUGCCAAAUGAUACCGGCGCACACACAUCCUAUAACGUCGCUGGCCUUCUCGCCCGACGGCAAAUUUCUCGUAUCCUAUUCAUGCACUGAAAAUCGACUAUCGUUCUGGCAGACGAGUACGGGUAUGUUUGGGUUGGGUAAUUCUCAAACGCGUUGCACCAAAGGCUACUCAACAGCGCCCAUACCCGAUGUGUCGCGCCUCAAUCCGAUGCGGCUAGCCAAACUGGUAUGGAUUAAUAAUCGCACGGUGACGCUUAUGCUGGCCGAUGGCUCGGAGACACGCUUCAAUGUGUAGGCAGAUGUGCAACAGACAGACAAGCCAAUCAGGACGGCAGCGUUGCAGAGAAAGCUGUACAAGCAUCAAGGCAGUUAACAAUUAGGGACUUCGACUAAGGCGCUUCUAUUGUGCGUGCUAAUGGCGGGUAAGGCGGGCGAACAGUUUGAUGUGCAAUGGCACAAGAAGGAAGAAGAUGUGGAAUAUUUUUAGGGAAAGUCAGCAUUUCUAUUGGGUGGAGUAAAACAUCAUUACGUAUUUUUUGAAUGUUUUACUUACUUAGCUAUUUAUUUAUACAAAAAUCAAUUAGUGAUAUAUUUUUAUUCUCCUCGCCUGAAUGUUACUUUAAUGCAGAGAAUGGAACAAGUGAAAGUCUGACAACAGUUAUCAUAGUUUUCUAAAUAUCACAAUUUCGAUCCACGUUUCAUCAGUAUUUCGCAAAUGUCUAUGUGAGCCGUAAAUGAACUGUGAGUUCAUGCGGCAUCCAAUUAUCGAGCUUGCUAUUUCUUUCUAGGGCCAGCUUUUCAGUGCCAGUUUAAACUGACAUUUGAUUGGCUUUUAGUUUAAACCAGCCAGAGUGGGCGUUUAAACUGAGUUUAAGCCACGGCCGUGCAGUGAAAAAAUCGAUCUUAAAUGAAGCUACUUUCUAGUGCGAAAGUUAAACAGUAAAACCUUACGAAAAUGCACAGUUUGGUCUUGCAUCUUAAACUUGUUGAAAAAAACAGCAAAACUCAAACAAGCCGCCUAUUUGAUUUUUUUUUUUUUAGUACUAAAUUUAAAAGGCCAGUUGUUAAUUAGCAUGCGUGAAUGACUGCAGCGCUGACACAACUGUACCAACAUUCAGUUGAAAACAUACGUAAUGACUUUGCUCCAACUCCAGCUAAAAAUUCAAUUUUAUUCGCUUUAAGUGUACGGCAAGUUUGACUUAAUACGCUUAACGGUUCCUCAAAUUGCUGAAAGCAAAACUGAAAACGCUUAUAAAGUGUAUUAAUUUGUAGCAUUUUCCAAUAGAAAAAAAUUCUAAAAGCAUCAAAAUAUACCAUAAGCAAAAUAUACUAAAAUCAAGUUUAGAAUUUAAAUAACAAGCAAAAUCUAAAUAUAAAUAAUAAAUUUGGUUGUUCUUUGUUGAUUUAGUUUUUAUUUUUCGUAUAUACAUACAUGUUUUACUUGUUUUAUUUUCAAUUUACAUAUACACAUAUGUAUGUAUGUAAAAUUAUUACCAUAUGGGUGAUUUUUUUACCAUGCAGAAAUUUUAAAUUAUAAAAAAAUCUGCUACUAGUGAUUUUUUAUGAUAUCGCGCGUAAAAAUUUCACAGUCUUUCGGAAAUGUUGCAUAAUAGGUUUUAUCUACAUCUAACUCCCUUAUGACUGCUGUUCGUCCGCGCUGGGGGAUAUGGCGUUUGUGUUGCAUUUUCUAGAUUAUGUAGCAUCCAAACAUAAAUAAUGUAUUAAAAAAUAAAGGGCUAACGGUGGUACGCACAUAUUCACAUAGUAUAUGGGUGCAUUCCAAAGCGUCAACGUCAGUCUCUUUUAUUUCUAAGCCGCACUAGAAGAAAAAGUCUAACCGUAGUUGCGCACAUUUGGCAUUACAAUCUAGUGAGAGGAUUAGAAAUAAAGGAGACUGACGUUGACGUUUUGGAAUGCACCUUUUGUAUGCACACACUUACACACUAUAUACAUACGAACAUACAUAUAAGUUGGUUGCAUUGCAGUACUACAUAGAGGAAUAUUAAAAAAA